AAACACGUCGCUGGCUGCAAAGGAUUUUGGAUAUUGCUGUCACAUCAUCUGGUCUUGGCUAAUUGAUUUCUCAAACGUCUUCCUGCAGUUCAAAUACUGUCCGCCUGUCCCUGAUCGAUCUUUGUUUAUAUGCUGUUGCAGGUAUUUGCUGAUAACAUUACUGUGGUCCACGUUUCCUAAACUCCAAGAGCUAAAUGUUUGAAGAAAUGAUGCAGGACGAGUCUAGCUCCCCCGUGUCCCCCGUGGACAGCUUAAGCAAUAGCGAGGAAGAGCUGGACAGGCAGCAAAAAAGGUGUGGGGGAAGGAAAAGGAGAUCGAGUCGGAAAAAUGGGGAGGACUCGGAGAGCCCCACCCCAGGCAAACGAGGAAAGAAGUCGUCAAGCAGCAACGGCAGCAGCCCACAAUCCUAUGAGGAGCUACAGACCCAACGAGUCAUGGCAAAUGUUAGGGAACGCCAGAGGACCCAGUCCCUAAACGAAGCUUUCGCUGCCCUGCGUAAGAUCAUCCCCACACUCCCUUCGGACAAGUUGAGCAAGAUCCAGACCCUCAAGCUAGCAGCCCGUUAUAUCGAUUUCCUCUGCCAGGUGCUACAAAGCGAUGAGUUGGACUCCAAAAUGGCCAGCUGCAGCUAUGUGGCCCACGAGAGACUCAGUUACGCAUUUUCUGUGUGGAGGAUGGAGGGGGCCUGGUCCAUGUCAGCAUCCCACUAGUGCUUCUGCAUUCAGGCCAACAAAGCAGCUCCAAAGAAGACGACUUUCCAAAGAAGAUGGAGUCAGUAACAACCAACAGAGUAUGGAUACCUACGAUCCAGGAACUCCUUGGGAAACAGAAAAAAUAUAUCAACCCCUGCCAAAAAAAAAUCAAGGCGCAGGGAGCACUUACCAGAGAAGGGGGUGAAAAGACACUGUAAUCAACUUUGGCAGGCAGUGCAUACAAGCAUUUCUCCAUUUUGAUAUGAAAUAGAGCUACUCAAAUAUGUUUGUUUUAUUUUGACGAAGAACGUUGGAACUCUGCUAAUGUUUUACAGUGCAUGCAUUAUCGUGCCAUAGAGGAGAAACAAGUAGUGGACAUACCUUACUCUCGAACUUUUCUCGACAAAAGAAAAGGCAAUCUAAGGCUUACUAAGUUGUAGCCACAACUAACUUUGGUGCAGAACUGUUAAUGCAAGAAAGAAACGUUAAUUAGUUUUUUUCUUACAAAACAACGAAAACAUUUUUAUAUUUAUUUAUUGAUGGUCCAUUUUACAGUAAAGCAAGUACAUGUGGUGUCUAAAUGGAUUCAUAUUUUUAUGACUGUUUUGUAAAUAUCUUUGUAUAUUUUUCGCAAUAAAAUAAAUAUAAUUGAAAGUGAAAAAAAAAA